CUUCUAGUAUCUUCUCGGAUCGUUCCAAAGCGCGUAGUAAAAGCGACAAGAGAAAGAAACAAGAGAGCUUAUUCGAGAUUCUGCUUUUCUCUUGGAUAGUGCUGCGGAGAUCCUCAGAUCGAUCAAUCAUGUCUGCGGAUCUUGAUUGGAAUGAUCCUGGUUUUGAAGGUCCGCUUUCCUGAGCAAAGUCCUAAGUUUGAACGAUGAUGGGUCCUUCAAGGGGAAGGAUGUUGCCCUUGCACCAGCGGAUGCGGUCGACAUAUUGUCGUAGUAGAAGCAGAAAGAACGUGGUCGAUGGCGCACCGUGGAGGAGAAAGAGCUGGGGUGUCUUGCGCUGGGCGGCGAUUCUCUGCGUCCUGUUGAUCGCCGGCUCAUGGGAUGCUCUUUUGCGUCCAUUAUCACGAUUCGCGUGUCAUGUAUCCUCGUGUGUUUUUGGCAACUGUGGAGCAUCUUGGAAACGGCUGGACGCGGCAACGGGGACUUCGGUAGAAAUCGAACAUCGAGGGAAGCCGCUAGUUCUGUUUGCACAAGCAGAGGCGGUCACGGGACAGCCUGAGGCGUUUAGUGAUCAAGAUUCAGAGAGCCAGUACACGAGGGAGCCGCCGACCUGGGUGAUCGCGCACACAGCAAUCUAUCAUUUAGAUCGCCUAUGGGCUAAUGCUGUGCGGGCCUUGUGGCCUUUCAGAGAUGUGGGGGAGGCCGACGGCGUCUAUAUCUUGUAUCAGACUUUUCUGGGCUAUCUACGAUGCCUUGUCGCACUGGCAGACACCGAAGGGAACUUAGACCAGACUCUCAGACGGCAGCGGGACGCGUUGGUUGCCGCAGCAGCCAGGGCAUCGGAGGAAGGUGUUGGUGGAAGUGGUUCAUCAGCGGAGGGAAAUUCGCCAGCAUUACAUGUCACCCUCGAUCCGUCGAGUCGUCUUGCAAGCUCCAGCGGUUUCUUACUUGCACUGCUUUCGCACAAAGGCGACAUUGGGAUCGGAAGUAAAAUGCUCGUGGAUCUCGUUUCGCGCAUAGAGUCGCUAGUUUCGGAUUUGACAGCAGCUCCCCUUGACAUUAUGCAAUUUCACCAGGAUGCUGCUAGCACUGCGCUGAACUCUUCCAGUAUUCCUUCGGGAGAAGUUGUAGCUGGCACAGGAGGAUCUGAAAAUCAUCCGAGCAAUAUUGCGAACCGCACGAGCCAGCUUCUCUGGAGCGCAGUAUUCGAUGCAGCCAUUGGUGGUGAAGACUCGCCGCCUUCCUCGUUUCCAAAGACAUUCCAGGCCACCUCCAUCCAAGAACGGCUGCAAAGCUUUCUAGAACACGCGCAGGGCGUUCUGAACUAUUUCCUGAUGCAAGUGUUCGCGAAGCGGGGAACCACGCAAGGCACUGUGCUCGGAUGGAGUAGGUCAUUGUUGAAUCCUGGAAGGCCUCUGGCAGAUGCGCACCGACUGGCGUUUUUCGCAACGUUCCUGCGUUCGGAGUUGCGGGUGCCCGCUUUGUACAAUCCGGUACUGGCGGAGUGCCACGUGGACAAGCUGUCACCGCAAGCGGCGCCUGCAUUUGACGUCAUCCGGUUCUUGAGGGAGCAAAUCGGAGACCAUAAGCUGAGUCACCAGUUCAUUGCGAUCCGACCGGAGGCGAUGGACGAGGACGAGGAGAUCGGCCAGAUCGUGAAGCAGGCACUCCGGGAUUACUUUGGCCCUGAAGAGCUCCAGUCAGCGCUGACAAUGGAC